UACUAUGAAAGCAUUCCGGACCUUGUAAAAUUUAAUUUAGACUUCUAUUCUUAAGUAUAGUUAAUAUUGAUUAUGAUUGUUUAAUAUUACAAGAUAAUUAUUUAAAAUCCGUAAACUAUUUUUUCGCCGUUCAUAAUGGACGCUUUUAUGAUGAUUCAGCGAAAAAAGCUGACUAUAUUUACGGACGCCAAGGAUAAUAUACCAGUUCAUGAACUAAAAAAAAUCAUUUCAUGUAUUAUAAAAGUACCUCCACAAAAUCAACAGUUGUACUAUAAAGACGAAGUUAUGGAUGAUACUAAAUCAUUAUCAGAAUGUGGUCUUAGUUCUAGUAUUGCUAAAGCACAAAGUCCUGCUAUUAUUGGCUUGGCAUUAAGAACGGAAGAUGGUGAUUUUGAAGCUUUAGAUAUGGUACCAUACUCAUCACCCCCUGAAUUACCUUAUGUUAUGAAAAAUCAAGAAGCUAAUGGACAAGAACCACCUAUGUAAACAAUAAUAAAUAUUUGGUUUGUAAGAGGUGUUUAAAGAUAUAUAAAUUUUCAAAUUGCCCAAUGAAUAAAGCAUUUUUUUUUUGUUUUUA